AUGGUUGGGACAGUUAAAAGGUGUCUGCGCAAAGUUAUUGGGAAAGCAAAACUAACGGAUUAUGAGCUUCGCACAUUGAUUCUCGAAGUCGAAAGUAUCAUUAACGCGAGGCCUUUAACUUACGUGUUUGAAGAGCUCGAUUCGGAGCCAUUAACCCCUUCGCACUUAAUUUUUGGUAGAAGGUUGGUAACAUUGCCAGAUAAUGCUAAAGAUAUUAAUAGUAACGAUGCUUCGUAUUCUAGAAGAUACAAGUAUUUGUUGAAAAACCUGGACCAUUUUUGGAACAGAUGGCGAACCGAGUACUUAGUAAAUUUGCGGGAGCAACACAAGCUUUCAGGUAAAGGUACGGCCAAAAUCAGAGUUGGAGAUACCGUAGUGGUACACGAGGACAAUGUGAAAAGAUCGCUUUGGAAACUUGGGAGAAUAGACAAGCUCAUAAUGGGGAGAGAUGGACAUAUCAGAGGGGCAAAGAUAUGCGUUAUUUCACGUAACAAACCAGAUUUUAUUUCUAGGCCUUUGCAAAAAUUGUACCCUAUAGAAUGGAGACAUGGAGACAUAAAUGGCGACAAGGAAAGUGUGACAAGUUCGGUUCAAGAAAGUGAAAGGUUGGAAAGCGAAAAGGGUGUGGAGCAUGAGAUUAAGAAGGGUGUGAGCAUAAGAAGGGUGUGGUUUGUGGAGCAUAAGAAGGGUGUGACAAAGGUACGGAGAGCAGCGGCGCAGGAUUCAGAGUGGCGCACACGUCUUAUGCUUGACUCGAGCGAGUCAAGGAGGGGAGAUGUGUUGGGGCCCAGACCUUCCUUGGUAUCCCAAGACCCCACACAGUUAUUGUUAUUACAUUCAAUAGUGUAA